AAACCAUAAGGGGGAAAAAGCUGAAGCAUGAAGAUGUAUUUGAACCGCAAUUCCAAAAUUUAUUCCUAAAGUCUGGAUCACUCAAGAGGAUAACACGUGAGAGAAUUGGACCAAUCAAGUGUGACAGUGGAAAAGUGUGUAUGGAACCGGAGGAGAUAGCACAGGGGAACAUGUGCAUAAAUAAUGAAGAACUCCAGCUCCCAUUGGACAGUGCGGGGAGGGGGUUCACCCUGGAACCGGAAGUGACAUUGAAUGGGAUUCCAAGCCUUGGGUAUGAAGAACUGUCUGAGAACAACGCAACUGUGGAUGGAAGAUAUCAAAACCAAAGUGACAAGACUAAUGAAACUGAUGUAAAUGAUCCAUCAUCAUCCACACUUCCUAACAGCAGUUUUGAUAUGAUCUACAAAAUAGAAGAUGUUCCUCCUUGGUACCUUUGCAUUUUGCUUGGAUUUCAGCACUACUUGACCUGCUUUAGUGGAACCAUAGCUGUACCCUUUCUGCUGGCAGAGUCACUCUGUGUUGGAAAAGAUCAGCAUACUGUCAGUCAGCUGAUUGGUACCAUCUUCACUUGUGUUGGAAUUACUACACUUAUUCAGACAGCUGUUGGAUGCAGGCUUCCCUUAUUUCAAGCAAGUGCCCUAGCGUUUCUUGUUCCUGCCAGAGCUAUUCUUGCUCUAGACAAAUGGAAGUGUCCAACUGAAGAGGAGAUUUAUGGAAAUUGGACCUUGCCAUUCAACACAAGUCACAUAUGGCAUCCAAGGAUAAGAGAAAUACAAGGUGCAAUUAUCAUAUCCAGCCUGGCUGAAGUGCUGAUUGGCUUCCUGGGUCUUCCUGGAGCACUCUUGAGUUACAUAGGACCACUCACUGUUACCCCUACAGUAUCCUUGAUUGGAUUGUCUGUGUUCCAAGCAGCUGGAGAGAGAGCUGGGUCACACUGGGGCAUUUCCAUGUUAACUAUUUUUCUGAUUGUACUCUUUGCCCAGUACCUGCGUGAUGUGAAUUUCAUAGUACCUGCUUUUAGACGUGGAAAGGGAUGCACAACAGCAAAGAUAAAAGUUUUCAAAAUGUUUCCGAUUAUAAUGGCCAUCAUGGUUGUAUGGUUAAUUUGUUAUCUAUUAACUCUCACUGAUGUAUUUCCAAAAACUCCUGAACAGUAUGGAUUCAAAGCACGAACAGAUGCUAGAGGUGAAAUAAUGUCAACAGCACCCUGGUUCCGUAUGCCAUAUCCUUGUCAGUGGGGUUUACCCACAAUCACAGCUGCUGGAGUGCUGGGAAUGUUCAGUGCAACGUUAGCAGGUAUAAUUGAAUCGAUCGGUGACUAUUAUGCCUGUGCUAGGUUGGCUGGAGCUCCACCUCCACCGAUCCAUGCCUUAAACAGAGGGAUCUUCACUGAAGGAAUAUCAUGUAUCAUUGCAGGAUUAUUUGGUACAGGAAACGGUUCUACAUCAUCCAGCCCAAACAUUGGGGUUCUUGGGAUUACAAAGGUUGGUAGCAGACGAGUGGUUCAGUAUGGUGCAGUAAUUAUGUUGGUCUUGGGGACUGUAGGAAAGUUCACUGCCCUGUUUGCCUCACUCCCAGAUCCCAUUCUAGGCGGCAUGUUUUGCACUUUAUUCGGAAUGAUCACAGCUGUUGGACUUUCCAACCUGCAGUUUGUAGACAUGAAUUCCUCCCGCAAUCUUUUUAUUUUGGGAUUCUCCAUGUUUUUUGGCAUAACAUUACCAAGCUAUUUGGAUGAAAACCCGAAUGCCAUUGAUACAGGUAUUCCAGAAGUUAAUCAGAUUUUGACUGUCUUGUUGACAACAGAAAUGUUUGUUGGAGGUUGUCUUGCUUUCAUAUUGGAUAACACCAUUCCAGGUACUGAAAAGGAGCGUGGACUUAUACAGUGGAAAGAAGGAGCACUUGCAAACUCUGGCACAUGUGCAGAUGUGAAAACAUAUGACUUUCCAUUUGGAAUGAACCAAUUGAAGCAAGUUCAGUGUUUACAGUACAUCCCAAUUUGCCCAGUUUUUAAAGGGUAUUAUUUAAAGAAGAAGCACAAUCCUAACUUGACUGAAAGCCAGAAAGGAAAUAGUGACCACUUUGUUGUAUGCACCAGAGUAUAAUGAGACUUGGUAGGAAAUAUGACGCACCUUGAUAUGCUGGUCUUUUCACUGCAAACCCCACGGUGACACCACAAGCAAAGCAGCCUUUGCAUCACUUAUACAUUGUAAAUUCUCAAAUAGCUCUUUGAUCUAAUGAGAACUGGGUAAUUUUGCACAUUUGUUAAUUAAUAGCAUUUAAUUGAUUUAACUUAAAAGUCCAGAUUAAAACUUCUGGUUGUUUAAAUGAAGAUAAUGGAAUUUUACUAAGGUUUUGAAGCCUUAUAUUCUCUGUUAAAUAUUUCAAAUAAAAAGCCAUUUUUCUUAUUAGGGCACUGAAGGUUCAUAACAGCUGAUUUCAGAUAAAAAUGAUAUUAAGCACUCUUUUCAUGUCAGGUUACUUUUUAGGAUUUUGGAUUUUUUUAUCAAAUUCAAGUUGUAUCAAGUCACUAAUUAUGGUUUGAAAGAUUUGGCAAGCAUAGAUGAGAAAUAUUUUCAUCAUGCUUAAGAAUUUUAUUACCAAAUAAAUAUUUUAAUGUAAAUAUAA